AUUGACAGUUAGUUCACCUGCAAAACAGCUGAGAGGUGCGUGGAAUUUCAGUACUGUUAUAAUUUUUUCCAUUCUUAAACUAAUUUCAAUUAAACUAUAAAAAAUUGUUAAAAAUAUGUUAGCUAGACAUUCUUUUAAACUACCACGCUUAACAAAUGUGUGCGCGGCAUUUUGUACAGCGACAGCGGAGGCUGCUGUGGAACCUCUUUACAAUCGUCCAAAACUUACACCAACUGAUUACCGCACAGGCGAGGCGAACACUGACUUGCAUUCCAGAGUGCAUGAGGCCAAAUUCUACACAAUUUCGCCAGAAAAUAAGAAACAACUGUUUAGCGGUGGUGGCCUGCCACGACAAUACGAACAACAAAUAAAAACAUUUACAGAAACUUGUCUUAUGGUACGGCCGGCCGGCUUAGAGUUAAUAAAUUAUAUCCGCAAUACCGAUUUCAAACGACCAGUGGUACGGUACGUAUUAUAUGGUGAUAAUGGUGUUGGCAAAACGUUGACUAUGGCGCACGCAUUGCACUAUGGUUUGCAAAACGAUUUUAUACUUGUACAUGUGCCAUGGGUACCCAAUUGGAUGAAACGUCCAAAAGAAACUGCAAAUGCUGCACAAGAAGGUUUCAUCGAUUUACCGUUUGAUGCGGCAGCGUGGUUAGUGCACUUUAAAACACAAAACACGAAUCUACUUACGAAGCUACAAUUGAAAACAAGUAAGGAUUAUGUCUGGAGUAAAAGAGAAGCAACUUCAGCAGGUUCUACGCUAUUGGAACUAUUGGAGCACGGCAUUGCGCGUAUCAAAUUUGCUUCUGAAACAGUUGCCGCUUUGCUGUUCGAGCUGAAACAACAUGCUAGUGAAGACAAAUGUAAAAUUAUGGUCGCUAUUGAUGGUUUCAAUGCAUUUUUCCACCCGGAGACACGUGUUUUUGGCGAUCAUAAACAACGUAUAACACCAGAUCGUAUUACAUUGACAAAACCUUUCCUCGACAUCACCAAUUACAAUUGGACUAAUGGUGUGUGCAUAUUAUCUGUAGAUAAAAUAGGCAUGACCGAAGGUUAUAUGGAGUCCUACAUGCCACGCUAUUUACUCGGUAGGGAGGGUUUCGAACAUUUAGAUCCAUUUGUGCCCAUACGUGUGGAUAACUACAGCGACAAGGAGUUUGCGAGUUGCAUACAAUACUAUUUAGAUCGAAAUUGGAUACAGAAAACACCGGAAGGCUUUGAUGAACAACUUAAGUACCUUAGCAAUAAAAAUCCCUAUACUUUAAUGCAAUUAACACGUUCGUUGUAAGCGAAUGCACAGCUUUAGCAUAAAGGAAAACCAAAUAUUGUUCAACUAUUUAAAAUAAAUAAAAAUAUAACAACCGAAAUAAUUCAUAGCGAAAUAAUCAAAGUUUUUCCAUAACACUAUAAUAAUAUAAAGUGUGCAAAAAUAGUAAAUAAGUGUUGCAAGCCAAUUGAAUUCGUUGAAAUAGUGGUUAUUUAUUGAUUAAACAUGUACGCAUUUCAUUAAGAAAAUCAUCUUACAUUUACAAAUGUAAUU